AUGGCCAAGUCACUCCGAGCUAAGACCAAAGUCCGUAUGAGAGGUAUCAAGAGGGCAGCAGUGUUCCAACCCGUCGUAGAUGCCAGAACUCAGAGAUUAUCAGAAAAGCUCACUCAGAAGCUUGAAGAAAAGGCUGAAGAAAACAAGGCUGAGGACAAUGACAACGAGAUGGUUGUUGAGGUAGAACAAACCGAGGAUCAUAGUGAACAGAUGGACGUUGAGCCCAAGAAGGUUUCAUCAAGCAAAUCUAAGGAUAAGAAAAAGAGAAACAAGAAGACUACCAAGAUCAAGAAUGCAUUAGUAUUCAACAAGGGUUCCAAGAGAACCAAGUCAAGAAGGUAG